CCAGAAUCAUCAUCAAUUGUGUAUACAUUUUGUUUCUUUGGUUUAAAAUAACAUAAACCACUAGACAUAAUCACUUAUCUUUGAUUAGUAUCAAAGAUAAAUAUGUCAUCUAAAACAAACACAACGACUCUUCUACCAGAAUCAACAAACAUUGUAUAUACAAUUUUGUCUGCUUGGUUUAACAUAAACCACUUAGACAAAACCACACCAUCAAACCACUAGACAAAUCCAUAUUUGUCUGGCACUUCGUAAACGUCGAAUAGAGAAUUAGACAAAUUAACCAUUGAGUAUGUGACCUACCCAAAGGCAAUUUUCAUUCUUCUAUUUCUCCAAUUUACGAAUCAUUCUCCUUCCUCCUCAUCUUCGAAUCAUCCCUCUUCCAAGUUACCUUCCGGAUAUGGAAUACACCAUGAGACAAGUACGAAGAAAACCCAUCUUCUACUGCCAUCGAUGAAAAACCAAUCAUCGAACAUUCUCAUAAUUCCAUAGACUGGAACCAGUUUCUUGUAAAGAGCGGUUCGAGCCAUCGUACCGAAAAAUAUUCUUUACGAUUGUUGGGACUUUUUAGGGACGAGGGUACACGUACGAUUGCCCAAGACCGGGUGACUAGGAUUAUGAUAGAGUCGUGAACAACGUUCACUUUCCGUAAAAAAUUUCCACCCUCAACAAGCCUAGGGUUAUUGGAAAUUUCUUCGCAGGAUAAAACUAUCACCACUUUAGGUUCCAGGCUUAAGUACCUAAAGCAUACUUAGAACUUUUAGUAGGAAGAAGAAUCGAUUUUGGCGUCUUAUCUACAACAACCACCGAUGCCCCUAUUUAUAGAAACAAUGACGAAGCAUUGUAUUGCUUCAUGAAAACGUUUGGUGGCUAACUGCCAAUUCCCAAAUGUUGUCAUCAUCCAAAGUAACCGCUAAUUUCAUUUCACAGAGAGUUGCAUUCCAUUAUGAAAGAAUGCAUCUCUUGGAUAAAAUAAUGCAUGGAAUGGCAAUUCCAAAUUGCAUCACGUGGAGGCAAGAAGGAAUGAGGAAGUGUCCCAAUUCAAAUGAAAUGAAAAGUUGGAUAAUCAAUUGGAACGUAGGCUAAUUAAUUUUAAUUAACCUGACCCAAUAAUUUAACUAACUCGGUCCAACCUCAAACUAGUUUGACCCGGUUAGUUUGGUUCAACCAAAUUUCCAACAUUCCUCCCCCAUUUUAGUGUAUUCUUAGAAUUCACUAAAAUCACAACAUUUUUCCAAUAAAACUUAAGCAUAAAUGAAAAUGUCGUGACGAUUGAAUUUUCACCUUAGUAUAUUACACUUGAUGAAUACUCGAAUACAAAUGGUGUCGGCAACGAUUGAACCCAUUGACUCAUAUGAAUAUUCGAAGAUAAUAUACACUUAAGUUUUCAAAACUUCUAAGUGCCUUGACACUAUUAUCCGCCAUGUGUCCAAUCCUUCUCAUAAGCGCACACGAAACCAAAGUCCGGGUUUCUUGAAGCGGUUACACUUCAUGCUUACGUAGGUCGGAUCUUUUAUUCGUGUACCCGCAUAAUACACUUUGUCAAAGAUUCAAUUAAGAAGUUUUGAACUUCAUCCUCUUCUCUCAUGUAGGAUAACAAACACAUACUUCGGGAUGACAAAUUGUGUGCUUCAAUUUCUGAGAAUAAGCUUUCCACAUUGAAUUCAGCCUCUAACGUUGUAUUAGAGGGGAAUUGGGUAUCCCAUUACCAGAAAUUAUAUGGACUUAACCCAUCCCUUUCACAGACUUGACAACCAAGUCACGAGUUAAUCAUUUCGUCAAAUGGUAAAACUAAAUUAUCUCAAGACCGGUCACAUUACUUUGACACAAUUCCAUGAGUGAUCAAUUGAUAGAUUUUACAGUGCCUAACUCCCACGUGACCAUACUUGUCAUUUCACUUGGCUAUACGCCUUAGCCAAAGUAGCAUUACUAUCACCAAAAAUAGUAAUAGGUGAGAUUGGUUUUAGCCAUAAAUGAAUUUCAUAAACCAAACAUCUCAUCAAUAAUGUAUUUUCUCUAAGAGAAAUCAAGGCCACAAACUUUCAUACCUAUUUUCAUUACGUGGAAGCCUCUGGACUCGAAUCAACUCCAUGUCCUUCGAAUUGAGCUUCAAAGUAGGCUUCACAAACACGUUUCCAAACUUGACCAUUUUCUGGCAGUUUUCCAGUUUUCAUGUAGCAACUUUGAGACCUUGGAAAACAACUUUAAUGACUUCUUCUGGAUCCAAAAAGCAUUCUAUUGGAAAGAUGGCAACUUUAUCUUUAAAACAAGCACCUAUCCUUGAAUUUCCACCAAGCCCAUUGAGAGAACCAUGCCUCCAAAGUAUGUACCAUGAACUCGGAAAAUGACACAGAUAAAUUCUGCCCUUCUUCUUCCCAACUUUGAUAGCUUCUUCGUCAAGUAAUUUAAACGUGCAUAGUUGACCAUUUGGGAUCAUAUCACAGCCUAAGGAGGAGAGUAAACAGCGAGAAAACAUCUUUCACACUAGAUGCGUGGUCGAUGGAAAGUUGUUGUCCCUAGUAAUCGAUGGAGGAGUUGCACGAACGUAGUCAGUGCGUGUGCAGUGAAGAGGCUAGGGCUGCCUACAUUGAAGCUUCCAAAUCCAUAUACGCUGCAAUGGCAUAAUGAUCAUGGAUCCAUCAAAGUCAUGAAGCAAGCAUUGAUGAAGUUCGAGAUUGGUGGAUACAAAGAUGAGAUUCUAUGCGACGUAGUGCCUGUGCAAGCUGCGCAUAUACUUCUUGGCCGGCCAUGGCAGUUCGAUCGACAAGCACAACAUGACGGAGUGACUAACUAGUACAAAUUUCAACAUGGAGGACAUAAAUUCAUGUUGAAGCCUUGACACACUAAAACACAACACCAAACUGCGACCAAGUGUAAUCGCAGUCUGGAAAUGCAGUAACAGGCAAGCUCUAAUUGUCAACCCGGGGUCUAGAUCUACUGCCUACUUCGUGUAUAUCUGUUAUCUAGCAAACUAAGUUGAUUGAUUGUUGAUUUACGUAAAAGCAGUAAGAAAGCAGGAAAUGGUUCGGUUUUCUAAAGCAAAGGAAGAGUCACUCGAGAAUAAGUCCCCCUAGCUCCUUAGUUAGGUCACAGUUGUAAUUACUUUUGGUUGCUUUACUGCUGAUUAUACUGCGGAAGAUCCGACAGUAGCUUGGAAUCUCUUAAGCUGCCCAAGCCCUCUCAGUCAAACUUCCCGGCAGAUGACUAGUCUUCACCGGGAUGGAACGUUGAGGCAAUGAACACAGAACUCCACUACUGGAAUUAGAUUCCAGUACAAAGCAGUGAAUCGACUAACUCUCGUAUAAUCGAUUCACUACUGUCGCAACCGCACUUCCGAAAUCGGGGUACCCGUCGCGAAUUGCUCGGAGUCGCCAUCGAUCGUAUUUUGUGGUGGAUCGAACACCAUUUGACUCUAUUUCAACCAUGGAGUCGAAACCGGGAUUUGGUCUGCGAAUUUUUGAGUUGGGUUCGGGAGUAUGGUUACGUGUGGGGAAAUGUAUUCACACCCCACAACGCCCAAAAUUGGUACUACUUAAAUCGAUAAGUUUUUAAGGGUUAGGUGUAUUAUAAUUUGUGCCUUAUUUACAUAUUUAAUUAAUUGAUUUGAUUAAUUACAUGUUUGUUAUUAAUAGUUGAUCAUAUGUCUAUUAACGUAAUUCUCAAAAUGAAAGAAAGAGUUUUUAGAUUAGUUGGACUCGAACUUAUUGGUUGCCUACGUACCCGAGUAGUCGGGAUCAAAGUCCACGUAGUUCGAUGUAAUUUUGAGUGGGUUUGAAAGAGGAAACCUAACACGUUUUAUUGAUCGUGUUUAAGGUUUGUUAGUGAGUUAUUUUGAGAAAAUAAUUUUUGUAUUUUGAUUUGGUAAUCGAAUGAAUAACGAUUUUUAAUGAGUUAUGUCAUAUAGCUAUUAUGAGCUACUAACCAUGAUUUGCGUAUUAGUGGUUAAAUUAUAAAAUGGCGAGGUGCAUAACUAAUGUUGAUUUAAGUGGCCAAACACAGUGAGUGUGCUCGUUUUAGGUAAGAGGGGUUACCACAAAGGAAAACUUAACCUAAUUGCUUCUAAUCUGGCCGCCUAAUUGACUCCUCCCUCUCUCUCGUUCUAUUCGCCACAAAAGCGAUCAGGGGAGAGCAAAUACCUCGUCUUUCUUCUUUCUUCGUCCACCUUCGAUUCUUCCUCUUCAAAUCGUCCUCCCUUCUUCACUUCCUCUGGAAAUCGAGCAAAGCAGAAAGCAGAACCAAUCCGUUCCAAUUUCCCUCUCCCUGCCCUUUCUCGAUUUGCGUUCCCCUCUCUUUCUUUCUUUGUUUGAGGUGCGUGAAUGAUUCUGCCCCUCUCCACAUGUUGUGGGUGUUUAGCUGCUGCCUUCUGUCAUUUGCUUCUUUUUAGUUCUUCUUGUCUUUGUUGUUGUUGUGUUUUUCAUAUUUGCUUUCUAUGUUUGUAAGGAGAGGAAGUGUGAAUGGAGUCUUUUUGUGGGGUUAAAACAGAGGUUUGCUUCACUUGUCUGUUCACUUUUUGCUCUGUUUUUGUGUGUUUUUAGGACGAAGAGGAAGGUGAGGAGAUAUGUCUUUUUUCUUGCAAAGGAAGGGUGAGGGAAGUCCCUGGAAGCUAGGUCGAGAAGAAGAUCCAGAGGAAACCCUCCAGCAGAAGAGUCCCCCUUUUUUUGUCUGCUCAAAGGGUCAUUAAAUAGAAAAGUUAGCUUGGGGAGCAAGUCAGUAACAGUGUCGGUUUUGGGUCGGACUGGUCUGGGUUGGGUCUGACCGAUAUGGGUUAGAUCAGACCUAAUCUCUGACCAGUUUGAUUUCAUCGAGAGCUGACUUGGCCUUGUGGGAUGGACUUGGCUGACUUUGACCUGGGCUGUUUCAAGAUUUAAUUGGGUCUUUUUAUUUAUUUUUCCUUGUACAUUGUAAUUGCUAUUAAUUGUGUUUGAUAAUAAUUGUACUCGUAUUUUGUAAUUGUAAAAAUAAUAUGCGGUUAAUAUUGUUUAGCAUUGUACUUGUAUUUGUAAUUUAUUUACUUAAUUUUUUUUAUCUUAUUCUUUAUUUUGAAACCCUUUUUAUGUAUUGUUUUGAUAUCAAAGCCCAAUCAUCAUUCGACCCAAUGUCUUAAGAAAUGACUAACCUGCACGGCAAUCAAAAUCGACUUCAUGUCGAUGCCUUAUCUAGUCACUAUCAAGUACCGCUCGAGAUUUACUAUUGCAUAAUCUCACCGACUUAAAGCAAACCCAAACCACUCCUAGCACCAACAAAUACAGUUUAGUUUGAAGAUCAUUCAAGAUUUGCUAUUGCAAACCUUAAACAAAAGAAUUUGUUUAAUUAAAUAUUUUUCUAGCCAGGACAAAAAGUGGUGUCUACAGUUGCCCCCUUUGUAUAUCUCUUGGUAAAGAGUUAUACGAAGUUCCUUUAUAGACACCACAUUUUCUCAGUUUAUAGGAGGAUUAUAUUUUGUUGGUGACGUAUUUUUUAGGCGUUCGUCAUCGCCAAUUGUUCAAUUUUCCUUGUGGUGACGUAAAUGAAGCGCAUGUAAGCGCUAAUUGUUUCUUUUUUCUGAUGAUGACGUAAAUGAAGCGCACGUCAGCGCUAAUUGUUGAACUCUCCUAAUGAUGAUGUAAACGAAGCGCACGUCAGCGCUAAUUGUUGUGUUUUCAGCGGUAAAAUCAAGCUAACCAUUUUUAGGAACGAUGUACUCAAAUUGUUUAUGAUAUAAAUCAAAUAGAACAAUGAGAAGAUGAUAAAGUUAAAAACAAGCUAGUCAUCUUGUAAAGAUGUACCCAAAUUGUGUAUGAUACAAAUCAAAUUGAACAAUGAGAAAAAUAUCAGCGAUAAAGUCAAACUAAUCAUUUUCUAAGGAUGUUGUACUCAAAUUGUCUAUGAUAUAAAUCAAAUCGAAAAAUGAGAGAAUGACUAUGGUAAAAUCAAACUAACCAUUUUUGUGCAUAAUGUACUCAAAUUGUUUGCGAUAGAAAUCAAUCAAACAAUGAGAAAAAAUGACAGCGGUAAAAUCAAACUAAUCAUUUUGUAAAGACGUUGUACUCAAAUUGUCUAUGAUUGAAAUCAAAUCGGAAAAUGAGAAAUAAAUGUCAGCGGUAGAAAUCAAACUAACAUUUUGGUAACGGAUUCACUCAAAUUGUUCGUGAUAUAAAUCAAUCAAACCAUGAGGAAAAAUGGUUGCGGUAAAAUCAAGCUAACCAUUUUGUAAGGAUGAUGUAGUCAAAUUGUCCAUGAUAGGAAUCAAAACAAACAAUGAGAAAAAAUGAUUGCGGUAAAAUCAAGCUAAUCAUUUUUAAUAACAUGUAUUUUUAUAUUGCAGGAAAUUUUUAACAUACCUUUGUAAAUUUUUUGAGUGAUUUUUGGGGAUGAUUGUGAUGAAUAACAAAUCACUUUGACGUAUGAUGAUGUAAUGUAACGAAUAUGAAAAUGAUUGUGUGAUGACUCAUGCUAAUGAAUGAUAAUGUUGUGAAUAUGCAAAUAGAGGAUAUGAUGCAUUUUCAAUUGCUUUGGAAAUAUGUUGUUUUCGUUGACCUGGGCUCCUUUAAAUUGAAGGCCCACAAGAAUUGUAUCAUUACCUUUUGUAGACUAGACCCUUAGUUGUGCUCAAUGGUGGGAUCUCUUGAUCGGACCUCCUUCGGACUUCUCGUUUGUCCAAGGCAGGGUUCUUAAAUUUGCAUUGGUGUAAUGUAUUGUGAUCCUUUUGUUGUGGACGAACGAUUGAUUGGUUGGUUGACUGAAGUCAAGGGUGCUCUCAAUUUCUUUGAUAUUUCUAAACUGGUGUCUGGUGAGAUGAAAAGAUGGGUAGUUUGGGUUGUGAGAAUUUAUGAAUUUUUCUUCUUUAAGGCUACACCAUCCUUGCCCCCAGGACAUGUUAUUCACUUUCUAAUCUUCGGAACACAGAGUGACUUUAUUAAGCUCGACUUAAGAUGAGUACAAAAAUGUAUGAAAAGUGUGGCUGGAAAAGUAUAAUGAGAACCUGGUGUUGUGGAUAAAAUUUUUGUGGGGAUACUGCCAUGUUGAUAAAUUUGUUUUUUCAUUUCAGCUACCAUUAAGAUUAUGGUCACCAUGAGAUGCCUUCUUUUAUGUUGAUGUCCAAAUGGAGGUUAUGGUUUUCCAUAAUGGGAAUCUUGGAUGAUGAGAUUAAUAGAUGCUAACAUGAUAAGGUAUUGGGAAUCCCUUUUUCCCUGAUAUGAUGACCUUGUCCUAAAUGUUUUCAACCAUGAGAAUCUUUUUUCAAAAGAGUAGCAGAUAAAUGAGGCUCUUAGGAAGGGCUUUGGCUAUGUGAAUCUUUUUGUUGAGGGAUUUUGGUUGCCCCCGAAGUAUGGGAUUAACUGAUGGGUAAGGGCGAUCCUAGUGGCUAUUAUCAUGGUUUGUUCUGAGGAAGUCUUGUUUUCUCGAAAUUAGUGGCCGCUUUUGGACAUCUUAGGGAAUGCAUCUUACGUUGCCCCUUGUCUUGAGGUUAUGGUUUUAGAAUUGGGGUAGAGUAGUGGAUAAAUGAGGUAUUUGUGAAUGAGAACUUGGAUAUGAAUGCCUUAUCAUUGAAGUUCUUUUUUUAGGGUCUUUUGUUGAUGUUGGCUGGCAAAAAUCUUGACUUGCCGUGAACGGUAGUGACUCAAAUGCUGAUAAUGGGUAAGUCCCACAAUAUUUUUGAAGUUUUUUUUUUUUGCUUUUUUUUAUUUGCCUUUUUGGCUUCUUUUUUAUGUAUUUUCUUGUGUGAGACUUACUUGACUUAGUUAUGCCCCCAUUUAUGCUCUUCUUCAUUUUGGUAUUUGUGUUUUGAAGCACGAGCAUCAAAAGGUUAAGAGUUUUGUUUUAGUCAUUUGACAACACGAGAAUCUUUUUUUGUCGGCUAGGCUGAGUAGUUACUUCUUUCUCAACGAAACAGAACUUCUGGCAACUUCAUAUCUUUGAUAUACUAUUUGAAUGCUCUUCUGUCCGAAUAUGUUGCUAGCAAAAGGUUUGCUCAAUUAAUGACGAGAUUCUACAAGUAACGUGAUGUCGUAUCCUCAUUACACCCUUUGACUAUAGACACUCAUAAUUUGUGGACACCAGUGGGGUGUUUAUACUCUCAACUAAAGUAAAGUGCUCACACUCUCGACACCAGUGGGGUGCUUAAUCGUUCAAGACCAAUUGGGUGCUCAUAUUCGCUCAACACCAGUGGGGUGCUCUCAUUUCCUUAACAUAGUAAUCUCAUGGCUUAACUUUGAAACAUGAAAUAAAAAUUUGAUUUUAAAGAGAAAAUAAGUUGAUUUUUCAAUCAUUUGAAAAAAAAAAUUAGAUGCAAACUCCUAAAUCGAGAUUGAUAGAAGUCACAAAAUGUUCCAAAUAAAUAGAAAUAUGAAUGAUCAUUUUAUUCUCUCGAUGAAGAAAAAUGUGCUACAACUCUCAGCAUGGCAAAGUGGCAUCAAUCAUGAAUCAAGCUUUGGUUUGUGGCUUGCAUAUGGGUUUUGAUGAUUGGGUAGUGGGUUGUAGUUGGUGUUUAGACAAUUUGGUUCUUCUUCAAAUGUCCCAGAACAUUUGUGGGUUGCUCUUUAAUUGUUCUAGGAUUUUGAGCUUCUUUUGAUGUCGUCCAAUUUCUUCUGAAAUGACUCAAUAAAGUGCACAACCUUGGAUCUGGUACUUAAAGGCAGACUUCUUCCUUGUAAGUGAACAAUUUUAAGGAACCCUUGCCAAUUCAUUUUGUUACUAGUUAAUUGAUGUGUAGAUAUGAUGUUUAUGGUAAAUGAUGCUAAUGUAUGGAUGCAAAAUGAUAUUUACUAGAUGCAUGUGUUUUUUUAUUUAAAUAAUUUUUUUGAAUGUGAUAAAUGUCAUGACUUUUGGAAUUUUUAUGUACCAAUUAGAUAAUAAUAUUAUGAGCAUUGAUAAAGCACAAAUCAUUGCAUCAUACACAAAAAUAUAUGUAAAUCGACACAAACAUAAUUCUAUUUAGGUAAAUCUAGAGUUUAUGGAAGGUUUAACGACGAGAUUCAAGGUGGCUUGAAGAUUUGUUUUGGAAAAUUUAAGGUGGCUUCUAAAUAAACAAUAUGAUGGGUAAGGAGUUUCUAGGAAUUUGGCUCCCAAGUUGUAUCCGUUUAUAGCUCUUUCGAGCUAGCCGAAUACCUCAAAUCAACCUCGGAUUCGAGUUCAACUUGGUUAGCAAGUUUCACGGUAUUCCCCUACUAUUGUUGGAGUCACGUUACACCUUGCAAUUUCUAAAGGGAGAGCUCGGGUAUAGAGCUUGUUAAGUACGAAAUGAAAUUAAAUACAAAGU